AUGAUGUCAUCACGUAGCGGCAGCGGCACGGCGACGGCUGUGUAUGAGGCGCUGCCAUCGACACCGGUGCGCCGUCAACUCGGCACGUCCACCGAUGACGCUGCCAUCUUUCUCGAGGACACGGUUGAUCGAGUGACGGCGCAGUGCAUUGACGCCUCGCCAUCGGCUAUGGCUCUGCUGUCGCCUCAGCAUAUGCCGACCAGCAGCGCCGCCCACGUCGACGUCACGGAGUACGACGUGAGCUACCUCGGCUCUCUUUCGGCGUCCCACCGGAAGAGCGCUGGUGGGGGCAGCAGCAGCAGCAAGGGUCGCCCGAGCCACCAUCACCAUCGUGCCCUGCACAAUGUCGCGAACACGUCUGUCACGAGGAUAAACUUCAGCUCAGCGUCCGCUAGCAAAUCGCCUAACCCAAAGGCAGCAGGGAGGAGCAUGUCGCACGGCCCGCUCCCGAACAGUGUCUCGCACAGCACCUCGCUCGCUCGCAGCACACCGCGGCGCAGCACCCACGACCUCAGCCCGGCGGCUGCUGAGCCGAUGGUGCCGCUCGCCGAGUACGAGGCGCUGCAGCGGGAGCGCAACCGGUACGAAAAGAUGUACGAACACCAGCGCGCCCUCUACGAGGAUAUGGCUGAGAAGCACGCGGACGCGUACCAGGCGCUGCAGGACAAGAUUAUCGAGGUUGUCGCUCUGUCCACGCGCAACGAGGAAAGCAAGCGCUUCAUUCGGCAGCUGAAGCGGGAGAUGUCCGAGAGUCGCACCCGUGUGAUGGACAUGCAGAACAGGGCUCUGGAGGAGGCCAAGUUGGAGCGUUCCGCCAAGAUGCGGUACGAGGCGCUCAUUAAAGAGCACGAGCGCAAGCACGAACGGCUGGUGGAGCGGCACGAGAGGAAGCUGGCAGGGAUGGAGAGCCUCGUGAGGGACUUGACAUGCCUGCGUGGGGAGCAGGACAGCAUCCACGUCUCGCAGCUCGACUCCCUGCUGAAGGCUGCCUACUCGAAAAGCACGGCCCUCUUCAGCGACCUGCUUCGCCAAGGCAAGCAGAUCGAUCUUCUCUACGAAGCCAAAGGCGCGCUCGAGGCGCAGGUGGAGCAGCAGCGCAAGGAGAAGCGGGAGAUAGAGGCGACAUUGCGCGAGGAGCGGCGCCACAUGGCCAGCGAGAUGGAGCGGAUGAUUGAGCAGAUCGAGGAGCAGCAGCAGUCGAUCCUGAACCUGCGUCAGAUGUUGAUCCGUACCAUGGACAACCGCGACAACGUCUUUGCCUACAGUCGGGGUCCGCGCCAUGCACAAGGUGUGGAAGGCGACGAGGAUGGCAGCGGCAGCGGAAGCACCAGCAGCAGCCUUACGUGCUCGCCGCGGACAUCACCGAUUCGCGACGAGAGGGUGACCGAAGAGGUUGAGGAGGUCGAGGAGGAUGAAAACGAGAACACGGUAAUAGACGGCGCGUAUGCGGCGCCUGCGCGAGGGGAGGCAAAGAGGUCAGGCGCCGAUGUGGAGUGCAGCCCGGUACGCGUGCGCGGGGCCACGGCGGCGGCCGGGUCCAUCAUCUCCGCCUCCAGCGGGUACGUGGCUCCGCUCACGAGCAACAGCGUUGUUGCACCUCGGCGCAUGACGACUGCCGGGAGCCAAUCCUCGGCUCCUCUGUCGAAGGCGAGACCCGCAGCGGUGGUGCCAUCACUGCCGUUGACAUCACGUGGUGCCUCCUCGUCGCUUUGCCAGGGGCCUUACCGGAAUCAGCGCAGCAGCAGCGACGCUGAUCGACGCACCGCGGGGACGGCAGCGGACGAUGACCAGCGUCUUUGCAAGCGAAGUUCCGGUGACAAGGGUAGCGCCGCGAGUUCCGAGAUGGCGGAAGCCUCGCCGAGCGCCGCCGCCGCAGCAGCAGCCUCCGCGGUGGUGUCUCGACGGCGACUCGACUUCUCUACCGCGCUGGCAGCCGUUGCAGAAAAGCGCCGUCGCGACCGGGCUAUCCGCGAGGAAAUUGACCUCAAGCAUGGGACGGACAAGGAGAAUAGCAAGCCGCCUGUGCCACAUCGCCUCGUUGUCCGCUCCUGCACGGUGGGAAGCAUCACGACGGCGCGCAAAGGCGUGUUAGUGGAGCGCGACGGCGCCAACAAUGGAGCGCAACGGUGCGAUGAUGAUGAGGCGGAGCCGCGGCUGUUUCCACGCAAUGUUCUGACGCCUCGCGAGUGA